GGGGGAUGUAUCAGUGUCACCAUACUCCUUAGCAACACAGUCAGGUGAUCAAGUCAAGUCAAGCAGACCAAAGUCAGCAAUAGCAACUCAUCACAAGAAACAGCAGCUUGAAGCAGCAAGGGCAGCCAUGGUUCAUGAUAGGGUGCCAUUCAUGGCUUGGGAUGGGGAAGAAGGUGAUGUCUACCUACAGGUACCAAAGACCACACCCAAAGCCAGGAAACGACCCUCUACUGCAUCAAGUACCAGAUCAAGAUCUUCAUCAUUUUCAUCUGCUGUCAGCUCUACGUAUGGAUCAAGAACAUCCAAGUCUUAUUAUUCUCAAGGGUCUGUAUCAGGUAUGAAAAGAAAGAAACCAUUAUACAAGAAGCAACCAAAAGUGAUAUGUAUUAGAGCAUUUCAGAAUGGCAAUAGAGAUAAUUUUGCUAGAGUUACUGCUCCUGACAUGUUACAGCUGUUAGAUGCGUGUACUGAUAAACUAGGCCUGAUAUCAGCAGCACGCAAGCUGUUCUUCAGUGAUGGUACUCCUGUAGUGGAUGUCAGGCAGAUUGAGAGAGAUGCUGAUGUCUAUGUUUCCUGUGGAGAGGCGUUUAAGGAUCCAUAUGCUGCAAUGAAAGACAAAGAAGAACUACGACGAUCUGCGUCCUGGACAUUAUCUGGUAUAAUUUUGCCAGAGAACAAAAGCCGUGGUAAAACCAAGWCGAGCUUAAGCAAGAGAAUGAGUACACUGGUUGAGAGUCAGARAAGGCGCAUCUUGGUGUUCAGGAAUGGAGAAAACUCAGAGGGAGUUGAAAUUGUUGCUGGAAGAUUUGAUGAGUUCCUUGAUGACUGCACAGCAAAGUUAAAGCUUGAAUCAGGUGCAAGAAGACUGUUUGAUUGGGAAGGCAAUGAAAUCAAGAGUUUUAGUGAUGUAAAAAAAAGUGUUGAUGAUCACAUAUCUGAGCUAUCAGCUGUAAUUCCUAUGAUGAAGAAACAAAUCAAGUCUUUACAAGGCAGUGUUGAUGAUGAAAGCGGCAUGGACACUUAUAAAUACCAACAUAUCUCAGAGAUAAACGCUCAAAGUAGAUUACUAGGCAAACAGGGCCUACGCCUUAAGGUAUUUGAGAAUGGUCGCGUUGACGGCCAGGUUAUYAUCUUUUUCAACCUCGCUGAAGCAGAGAAAGGUAUCCAAGGUGAUAUGGCACAAUUGAUGCACCGUUUCCURGAUACCUGCACCAGUACUCAGCGUGUUGGUGAUGGCAGUGGUGGACCAGCUGGUAGGCGUAUUGCUAAGAGGGUUUUCCUGCGAGAUGGUACUGAAGUUAAAAAUGUUUAUGAUUUGGAAUAUGAYCAGGAAAUAUGGCUAUCGUAUGGUGAAGACUUCAAACCCCUUACUGUCAUGGUACUCCAGCUGAAUCUGGACAAAGCAUCGUGCAUGUCAUUGUGGGAUGAGGUAGAAAUCAUCCAACGAGAAGCCAUCAUGGAUGAUGAGAAAGGACGAGACCGACCGACGGCCUGGAAGGCAAUCACUGGYUUCCCUCCAAGCAGCAAGCGACAGCUUGUCAAUCACGAGAUGUCAGGUCCACAGAGACUUGCAUAUGCUGAGGGGUUACAGAAGGGACGCGUCGAUGAGAAUGGUUGCUUUCUGCAGCAUCGAGAGAAGAAGAACUUAGUGUUGUAUCCUGAGGUUGGUGCUGAGGUGAAGAAGAAGAAAGGAGCUAAGGACGUAUGGCCUCCCGAUGCUCAGGAAUGGRUCAUCACUCAGGGUGGACUUAUCUUCAGCAAGGCAAUGCCACAACUGGCUCUCACGAAGUCUGAAACAUCUGUUGAAGUCAAGKUUUCCGAUGAGACUUUSGCAGGAUGCGCUGUCCACCUUACAAAAAGGAUGUCAAAAGAUCCMAACCAGCAAUGGGGRUUCAGUCCAACGGGACAAAUCUACUCGUUAGCCAAGCCAAGCCUAUUCCUGACAUACGUAGCCAAACACCACAUCACUGUCGMCAACCCUGACAAACSGGAACAGGAACAGAAAGAAACAAGUUUGACCGGUUUGCAGUUUGUUGAUAUGGAUAAAKRCAACGGUGACAAUGAACAGGCUCCAGGGCUGACUGACAUGAAGACUGAGUAUGGAGGUCAGCGGUAUGAUGUCGUACUGCUGAAUAAAUUAUCAGGAAAGAAUCACAAUACUGGAUCACAGAGAUGGGCCAUCAAACAGGAAGAUUUAAGUUCCAUUGGUCAGUGGAAACACAGUACAGUAUCGAAUCCUGAAUGGAAUAAGAAAGCAUUGUCAUGGCCGGUCACUGAGGAUGGGAACUGGAAUACAGAGUUUGCCUGGCCAAUGGAGGGUUUUCUAUUGCCUUUUGCUCCUCCUGUGAAACGAGCUUCUGAGAAAAAAAGUAAUCUACCAGGAUCAGCAUGCAGACUUCGUGUGCUGAAGAAUGGUGAUUCUGACGAGUCCCAUGCUGUUAUAGUCGUUGGUCCAGAUUUAACCAAUAUGUGGCAUGAUGUCAGUCCUAAUUCCAAGAAAAACAAAAGUCGAAAGCAAGAUAAGCCGCCGUCYGACGAGUCACCAGGAGUAUAUCAACCUGAUUCUUGUCAUCCUUUGGAUUUAAAGAAAAUAGAACUGCAACUAUUUCUAGAUCAGUGUACUGGUGCCCUUAGUCUMCCGUUUGCAGCCCGUAAACUGUUCAACGAGGAAGGACAAGAGGUCACGUGCAUAUCUGAAUUAUCACGUGAUCAGCUAGUGUACGCGUCUUGUGGAGAGGCCUGGAUCGACCCACAGAUGUCGUAUUCAGAGCAGCAACGGCGAGCCUUACUUAUGAACCUUGCGUCUGAUAUYGCUCGUAUAAGACAGUAUUGUGCUCUCAGGGAACCUGAAGAUCUGGUGCUUCAUGUYAGUGGUCCAGUCCAGCCUGGUGCUAAAGUAGUCGUUGAUGCAUGUGUUUUGUCCACCGUUGAAAGAGAACAAAUGAUCAAUAGAACUAACGAUGAGGACGAGGAUGAAGACCAGCAACCAAUGCCUGUAGUAGAACUAAGUCACGCAGUCACAGCUCACGAGCGUGCGCACCAGAGAGCAGAGGAACGACUGAAAACGUUACGUUAUUCAUGGGAGAAUGACAAAACGUCUAAAGGCCACCAGGAAUCAUGGGAAGACAAGAAUGAUGAUUUUGAUAAUGAAGUUUCGUUUAAUGAUCCAUAUCUACAGCAAAAAUUCAGAAGACACUCGCUAAAAACUUCAGAUACAAGGCAGCCGCCAGACCCCAGCCAUCGACAGAAAUGGUAUUACAGUGAUGGAUUUAUCCACUUGAAGAAGAAUUCUCAACUGGUGCUGGGCUUACAGGAAGGACUGGACAGUUCUGCGAGUAAUGAGGUUGUUUUGUGCAAAAAGAAAGUAGAAGACCCAUCACAACGGUGGAUUAUAUCAGAGGAUGGGACCAUAGCCUUGCGAUGUAACGUACAAUUGGUUCUUACCGUCACUACCCCACCCCUGGGAAAUGACCCUUUCUCGUACGACCAAGCCCUUGAAUGCGGCUUUAAGGGGUCAGCGGUGAUUGUUGCCAAUAGGAAAGUAUUCCCUAAUGGUCAUGCGCAUCAGCUGUGGAGUUUUGAUCGAUUGACUGGUUUUGUGGAGGCGUUUGCCGCUGAUACUACAAAUAAAGAAAUAACAGCUGCCAAUAAGUCCAAUGUGUGUACAUUCGCUGUACUUGGACCUAAGGACGUUUAUCAACCGGGAUAUGUCUAUAUGCAAGGGUCAUCCCGUCAAAGGCUGCUGUGUGAGGCAUGUGGUAAAGCAUCACGAGGGAGAAACAAACUUCAGAGACUCAAGGAAAGCAAGAGAUUUGCUUGUGCCCUUGGUGGUAAUGGUCAUGAYAGCAAGUUUACAGGAUGUUUUAAGUGUUUGAAUAGCAAGGUGGACCUAUCGAGUCUCGAAGCGGAAUCUACUCUAGAGCUAUGGGAGUACCAGCUAGACAGACUACGUAACGAAGGCAGUGCACGAACAAUCGCUAAGGAACUUAACGUGGCAAAGAGUGUAGCAGCAGUACGAAUCAUGGCGUACAAGAACGGUGAAGGUAGCAGAGGACAGGGUGUAGUCGUCAUUGGAUCAUCUAUACAUUCGCAUGCAGUGGAUUACAUAGAAGCAGAGAAUCGUCGUCACUACACACCAGAUAACAAUGUUCACGUAGAAAACCUGGACCUGAAUGAUUUGGACGGCCAGGAGGACGAGGAAGAGACUGGUAACGAGACCUUCAGACUGGGUAAAGGUCGUACAAGAAGAUCACUACCAACUGUAAAUACCGAGGGAUUCCCACACUGGGAUACUAGAUGGCCUAUUGAUGUGUGGAUAUCCUGUGGUGAGCCGUUUGUACCGCUAGAGGACGCAGACAAACAAUAUUUGCUGUCAAUGAAACAUCGAGAAGAGAGGACCUGGGUUCAAGCUUAUCUUGACAUGGAAAAACAUGUAUUACGUCAGAUGCAAGGUCGCCGCAUUGGUCGUUCCAGUCCACCGCAGUCACCCACAGCCCUGGCGCCAUCUUGGACUGAGCCAACCAUUAAGGAAGAAAAUAAAGAAGAGACGAUCAACCAACUCAAGAUGCAUCUCAAUAACGUGAAGUCGCGUCAAAAGAAUGAGCAUAUGGUCCUGUCUAAAGGUGCUAAAGAAAGCACACARCGACUGUACAGCACGCCAAAAACGCUUCGUGUUCAAGUGUAUCCUAAUGGCGAGACCGCUGAAAGGUCUGUAGUGGUGUUUGGUGCAACUAUCAGAGAAAUUCUUGACCACAGCACAUCRCGAUUAAAUCUCAGCAGUGCUGCUCGUCGACUCUUCAAGACCGAUGGACAAGAGGUAUUUGAUAUGGAGGAGCUAUCGCGUGAUGAAGUCCUUUGUGUUAGUUGUGGAGACAGCUUCAUUCGAGCAAGAGAUCGUCGUCAUCAAAUGGAGCUGAAAGCUACAUGGUCACGCUUGUCCAGACAGACUGGUGAAUUACCAGGAAGCGGACCUGUUACCAGCAAGAUGGCAAGUCCUCAAUUGUCUCUUCCAGSUCCUUCCUCUCCACCCCCACCCUCUAGGGGUCAGCGUCACACCCAGGGGAGUAUUGCAGUACAUACAAUCCGUUCUAAGUCGUCGCAGCGUAGUUGACCAACAUUGUAUAUGUUUUAAGACCCUGUUUACAUGAGAUAGGGUGCCCCUACGUGGCAGGGCCAACUCUUUUAUUUUCUUUUCCCUGGUCGAUUUAAAACAAAGGAUUUUGACCCUAUCAGUAGGGGCACCCUAUCUCAUGUAAACAGGGUCUAAGACYCACAUUAUUCAUGAACAUAACUUAUUGUACAAAGCCAACAUUUAGACUUCCGUAUCACAACGUACAUAGAGUAAACAAUUCAUGAUUUUACGCAAUACCAUUGCAAAGAAGGGUUAACGCAACGCUUAUCGUAAAGUACGUACCUUUUUUUAUCCUGAUAAAAUCUUAUAAUAGGCAUCCAAUGCAUGCAAUACUCUGAGAUUAUUUGUUAAGAGGCUAGUGCCGUAUUUGUAAAAAAAACUAUUUGAUAUAUUUUAACGUUUUCCUUUACUUUCUGGUUAUUUGAGUGAUUAAAGGUUUUUCAAAAAUGUA